AUGUUAGUAUGUGCAUCUCAAUCUCUGUCACUUCUUUUCUUCACUGAUCGAGAGCGUGGAGCCAAUGCUGAUGUCGGUCUCAAAAUUUGUGACAAACCGCUGAACAAAUCUACAGAUCCAAGUGAAGUUCUACAAUCAAUGUCGAGGAAAGGUCACAGAGGGCCGAUAAUGGAGGGUUUGAUGGGCCCCACCAAGAUCCGGAAGAGGGGCUGCUCGUCCUCUUCAUCUUCGUCGUCGAGAGUCUACAAUUACAGACUGAACAAGCGGGCCAUAAUGGCGGGCAAGAAUCGGGCCGGGCUAGCGAUCGGGCUUGGAAGAUCUAGAUCCACUACCCCUGUGCCGACGUGGAGAACCACGCCUCUUAAGGCCGCCGUUGAGUCUCCCAGGUACUCUCAGAGCGGGAAAUCGACUCAGCCCGUCUCGGCCCGUAGGCUGGCGGCCACGCUGUGGGAGAUGAAUGAAGAUCUGACGCCGAAAACGAGCGAGAGUGGUCUGAGUGUUUUGAAGGGACUUCAGAAGAAAAGUGGGAGUAAAAUGGUUUUCAAGAGAGAGAAAAUGCAGUCCGGGUGGGGCUUGCAUUCGGGCUCGGGUGCAUUGCCUCCACAUUUGUCAGAUCCGUCUCACAGCCCGACUGCUUCUGAGAAAAUGGAUAGAUCAGGUACAGGCAGUCAUCGAAGAAGAUCACCAUCAAUUUCUCACCGCCUCAUGAUGGCUGAUCAAAAUGUUCGACCUAUUGACUCCAUUAGCAAUGCUAGUCUGAUGGAGAUCGAGACCCGUUCCCGGCCCCCAACAUCGACUAGCCGCCUGAAGGACGCAACCAAUGCCCUCACCACCUCCAAGGAGCUCCUCAAGAUCAUCAGCCGCAUGUGGGCCCGCGCAGGCCCACCAUCGUCCAGCGGGCCCCUCAUCUCUGCCCUCCACGCGGAGCUCGAGCGGGCCCGCCUCCAAGUCAACCACCUCAUCCAAGACCACCAGCAAAGGCCCGGCCCAAACGAGACCGACCACCUCAUCAACCUCUUAACAGAAGAAAAGGCCUCGCGGAAAAAAAGAGAGCAGCAAGCCGUCGAGGCCGUCGUGGCCGAGCUCGACGCCGAGCGGAAGCUCCGGCGGCGGCUCGAGAGCCUGAACAAGAAGCUCGGGAAGGAGCUCUCGGAAGUCAAAUCCUCCUUCUUGAAAGCGGUCAAGGAACUGGAAAACGAGAAACGGGCCCGGGAGAAAACCGACGAGGUGUGCGAUGAGCUGGCGAGGAACAUCGAGGAGGUCGAGAAGGAGCGGGAGAUGCUCGAGCUUGCCGACAAGCUGCGGGAGGAAAGGGUGCAGAUGAAGUUGACCGAGGCCAAGCACCAAUUCGAGGAGAAAAAUUCGGCUGUGAGCAAAUUGAGGAGACAGCUCGAAGUUUUCCUUCACACGAAAAGGGAUGAAAUUGUCGAGGAUGGGUCGGAGGUGAGCGAUAUCAACCGGGCCCACGUAAAUAAAGGGACUGAUAAGGUCAAAAAGGGUAGAAGCUCGAGGAGAGGCGUUAGUCUACAGAGGAGUGCGUCGGAUGGGGAGUUUCUUGAUAGGGAGCCGAAGAUGGAAAAACCGAGGAGUAGCUAUUUUGACGAAAGGCAGAGGUAUUCGGGGGUUUGUUCCAGGCUGGCGGAGGAAUCUUGGCCGUCGAGGGAUCCGUUUGGUGGUACGGUUGAGGAUGAAGAUGGUGUGGUUCAGACGAAAGGUUCGAAGUCGAGAGCAGGUGUUGUGAGGAGGUCUAAAUGGUGAUGAAGGUGAGGGGUUAUUAGAGGUUUAUUGUUGUGAAUGUUUAACAUCUUGUUGAUUUUUAUGAUCUCAUUCUAUGGCCCCCAGUUUGUUGUGUGCUAAUCUAUUUGGGAACUAAUUUGUUCUGUUCUUUAUAUCUUUCCUUUUUAAAAGUGGAAUUUUGAGUGAAAUUUGGCAGUUUGUUUGUAUAAAGUUUAUGAAGGGUUUUAGUGAAAUGGUUUGUUGUACAAAGAAAGAAUAUGGUGUGGUCAGAUUAGACAUGAAGUAAGCUUCACUCACUGUUAUGUUUGGUGUUAUUUAUUUUGUUUUGCCUUUUUAUUAAUUCUAUAGUAUGGGGCAUGGAGCAACCAUCCUUUGAUUUUGUUGAGGACAGAAUCUUUUGUUCCUCGUGUUUCAUUUUAUUGAAU